AUACAUGGCCGGAAAUACCCUCCCUAGUCUCUCUUUCUAGAUUUCGUUUUCCAAUUACAGACUCUGAAGCACAGGCAAAGAAAAAGUUCCCCAAAUCGUUCAAGUUCCGCGGCGAAAUCGUUCGGUCCAGUGGUGGCGGAGGCGGUGGCGGCCUAUGAAAUAGCUCGGCACCGUCCUCAUCUAGCUUUCCACACCAAUGGACUCGGAAUUCUCCGCGACGACGGCACGUGCUUCCGGUGCGGAUUCCGACUUCGGGUUCGCUUUCAACGAUCAGAAUUUCUCCGAUAGGAUCCUUAAUCUAGAGAUCAUCCCCGACGUACCGGAGUCCAAAAUCGACGGCGGAGAUGGAUGCGGCACCCUGACGGAGUGGGCCAGAGAUCGGAAGCGUCGGCGCGAGGAGAUUAAGAAGGACAACGAAGCUCCAGAAUCUACGGGAAUAGAAGUGGAACUGGUGGAAGAUUUGAGUAUUCCACAGACAGAGGAAACUCUGGCGUACGACAACCAAGAUGAGGAAGCUGUUGCUAUGAUGGAGGAUUGUGGUGCAGAUGGUGUGUUGCCUUUGAACGAGCAAGGUGUAGAUUCGCCUUGUGACAGUGAAUCGGGCUGGAGCAGGGACUCCUCAGCUGUUCUUAGGGUUAGUACUAUACAUAUCAGUUCACCAAUAUUAGCUGCAAAGAGCCCAUUCUUUUACAAGUUGUUUUCCAAUGGAAUGAAAGAGUCUGAUCAACGCCAUGUAACUCUUCAGAUUCACGAAUCUGAAGAAGCAGCCUUGAUGGAACUCCUGAAUUUUAUGUACAGUGGUAACUUACCGACAACCACAGCUCCAGCUUUGUUGGAUGUUUUGAUGGCAGCUGACAAGUUUGAAGUUUCAUCAUGUAUGAGACAUUGCAGUAGGUUACUGCGGAAUUUGCCUAUGACCAGUGAGUCAGCAUUCCUGUAUUUGGACCUUCCUUCAACUGUUAGAAUGGCAGAGGCGGUUCAGCCAUUGACUGAUGCAGCAAAACAAUAUCUUGCCAGCCAAUACAAAGACAUAUCGAAGUUCCAGGAAGAGGUUCUCAACAUGCCUUUGGCUGGUAUUGAGGCAAUAUUUUCAAGUGAUGAUGUCCAGCUCAAGAAGGUAUUGAUUUGUAAUGAUUUGGACCAUGAAAUUGCCUCCAAGGUUGUCCUCGAUACUCUGUUUUUCAAGUGUGAGACGCCGUACAGACAACGUGCCCUUGCUUCAGAGGAGUCGAACACCUCCCAUCGGCGGCUUGUGGAGCGAGCUUACAAGUAUCGACCUAUCAAGGUGGUGGAUUUUGAUCUUCCUAGGCCACAGUGUGUAGUGUACCUGGAUUUCAAACGCGAGGAAUGUGAGCAACUAUUUCCUGCUGGCCGGGUGUAUUCACAAGCAUUUCACCUUGGAGGUCAGGGGUUUUUCUUGUCUGGCCACUGCAAUAUGGACCAACAUAGCUCUUUUCACUGCUUCGGACUGUUUCUGGGGAUGCAAGAGAAAGGAUCAGUGAGCUUUGCUGUUGACUAUGAGUUUGCUGCUAGGUCUAAGCCAACCGAUGAGUUCGUCAGCAAGUAUAAAGGGAACUAUACUUUCACCGGAGGGAAGGCUGUGGGGUACCGGAACUUGUUUGGAGUACCGUGGAAAACAAGGACUGAAAGUUUGGGGCGAUUGGGUGUUCGUCGUUGGGGUGGUGGUAGGGUUGCGAUGAGAGAGUUGGGUGCCGACCUCUUCGAACCCCGGACGCUGAUGGACUCCGAUUUCUCUCCGGCGAGGAACAGUGGCUCUGCCACCGAUUCCGACUUUGGAUUUGCUUUCAACGAUCGGAAUUUCUCCGAUAGGAUCCUUAAGAUUGAGAUAAUUCCUGAUUUGCCUGACACCAAAUCAGACGGUGAUGGUUGCAUCACCCUAGCCGAGUGGGCGCGUAACCGGAAGCGUCGAAGGGAGGAGAUUAAGAAGGAAAACGUGGCUGAAGUUAUUGGGCAAAGCGCAGAUCAAGUACUUAACUUGAAUGUUCCAGGUGCAGAGGAAACUUUGGCUUAUGAUAAUCAAGAUGAAGAAGUUGUGGCAAUGAUUGAGGAAUCAGCUGCAGACGGCGGAUUGAAUUUGAAUGAACAAGGUGAUGAUGCCCCUAGUGGCAGUGAAUCUGGCUGGAGCAUGGACUGUUCAACUGUUCUUAGAGUUAAUACUAUACACAUUAGUUCACCUAUAUUAGCGGCUAAAAGUCCAUUCUUCUACAAGUUGUUUUCGAAUGGGAUGAGAGAGUCAGAUCAACGGCAUGUAACCCUUCGAAUACAUGAAUCUGAAGAAGCAGCCCUAAUGGAACUCCUCAAUUUUAUGUAUAGCAAUACAUUAUCUACAACAACCCCUACUGCUUUGUUGGAUGUGUUGAUGGCUGCCGACAAGUUUGAAGUUGUGUCGUGUAUGAGAUACUGCAGUAGGUUACUUAGAAACUUGCCUAUGACUAGUGAGUCCGCGUUGCUCUACUUGGACCUUCCGUCUACUGUGCUAAUGGCUGAAGCAGUUCAGCCACUUACUGAUGCUGCAAAGCAAUUUCUUGCUGGACGUUACAAGGACAUAUCUAAGUUCCAAGAUGAGGUUCUUAACUUGCCGCUAGCUGGUAUUGAGGCGGUAUUAGCUAGUGAUGAUCUCCAAGUAGCUUCAGAGGAUGCUGUUUAUGAUUUCGUACUUAAGUGGGCCCGCAUACACUAUCCCAGAUUAGAGGAACGCCGAGAUGUCCUGGGAACCCGUCUUGUCCGAUUAAUCCGUUUUGCAUUCAUGACAUGCCGAAAGCUGAGGAAGGUCCUGUCGUGUAACGACUUUGAUCAUGAUGUAGCGUCCAAGGUUGUUCUUGAUGCUCUCUUUUUCAAAGGCGAGACCCCAUAUAGGCAGCGUGCUCUUGCUUUAGAAGAGGCCAAUGCUCCCUAUCGCCGGCUUGUGGAGAGAUCAUACAAGUACCGACCGGUUAAGGUGGUGGAGUUUGAUCUUCCGCGUCAGCAAUGUGUGGUCUACCUGGACCUAAAACGUGACGAGUGCAAACAUUUGUUUCCAGCUGGCAGGGUUUACUCUCAAGCCUUUCACCUUGGUGGGCAAGGGUUUUUCUUGUCUGCUCACUGUAAUAUGGAUCAACAGAGCUCUUUCCACUGCUUUGGACUGUUUUUAGGGAUGCAGGAAAAGGGAUCAGUGAGCUUUGCUGUUGAUUAUGAGUUUGCUGCUAGGUCAAAGCCGACUGAUGAGUUUGUGAGCAAGUAUAAGGGGAAUUACACUUUCACAGGAGGGAAAGCUGUUGGGUACAGGAACCUCUUUGGUGUUCCGUGGAACGCAUUCAUGGCUGACGACAGCCCUUUCUUCAUCAAUGGCAUUCUGCAUCUUAGGGCCGAGUUGACCAUAAGGCAGUGAGAAUUUUGAAAAGUGAUCAUUGCUCUUGUGGUUUGACCGUUCCCUUCAUACAGGUUUUUCUACGUGCUCGGCUAAGAACUAGGUAGAUUUGAGCAGCUGGUCUUAACUAUCUUUGUUGAUUCCAGCCUAUGUGGCCUACUUUGUGUUGUUGUAAGAAAAUCUCUGGUAGGCGGCUAACAAGGAUUUGCUGUUUUUGAUCUCCAAAGAUGUAGCCAAACAUGAUGAAAUGGAAUUAAGAGCUCCCUGCGUUGAAUUAAAGCCUCUGUAUUUUCUGUAAUGCUGCAAUCAUCUAAAGAAAGAAGCAACGUCUGCUGUUCAUUUCAUUUUUAUACUGCAACGGCGUGGUUGUGGAUCCUGUGUACUGUGUUUACUUUUGUCGUUCCAUCAUUGUCACUUUGUUGAAAAAGAACCAUGCUUUCUAAAGAGAGAGCAAUAAUGUAACUUUUCUCAUCUUCAACAAUCGUAUAAUGAUGGCCAUAUGCAUCUACUUAGUGCAGUAGCAGAAUUGAUAAUUACUCUGCCAAAUCUCCAUUCCCUUUCUAUGCGUGUUUUCGUAGCUGCAGAUAAUUCUGGACACUU